AAAAUGUUUCAGCGCUGCACUCACUGUGGAUUUAGGGGAGAUAUUAUGAGGCUGUUGUCAUUAGGGCGAUUGCUGUUGAAUCACUGAAUCCUGACUCGGCGGCGGCGCGGGGCCGUGUGUGUGUGAGUGCGUGUGUGUAUGCGUGUGCGUGCGAGUGUGUGUGCGUGUGUCCCCGUGUGAGCUUGUGUCCCCGUGUGCGUGUGUGCCCCCGUGCCUCUAUGUGGCUGUGUGUGCGUGUGCGGGUGUGGAUGCGUGCGCGGUGCGUGUGCCCUUUCCUCCCUUCUUCCUCCCUUUCUUUCUUUUCUCCUUGAUUUAUCUCCCCUCUCCCCGGUCAUCCCAUGGUGUUCAGGUCCCCGCUAGAGCUUUAUCCCACCCAUUUCUUCUUGCCAAACUUCGCCGCCGACCCGCACCACCGCUCCCUCCUUCUCGCUAACGGCGGCGGCGGCGGAGGCAGCGGCAGCGGCUCGGGCUGCAGCCCCGGUGCCGGCGGCGGUGGAGGCGGCAGCUCCCGGGCACCCCACGAAGAGUUGUCAAUGUUUCAACUGCCCACACUCAACUUCUCCCCGGAGCAAGUGGCCAGUGUCUGCGAGACGCUGGAGGAGACUGGAGACAUAGAGAGGCUGGGGAGGUUCCUCUGGUCGCUGCCGGUGGCGCCGGGGGCAUGCGAGGCCAUCAACAAGCACGAGUCCCUCUACCACAUCCUGGAGAACCACAAAUUCACCAAGGAGUCCCACGGCAAGUUGCAGGCCAUGUGGCUCGAAGCGCACUACCAGGAGGCCGAGAAGCUAAGGGGUCGCCCGCUGGGGCCGGUUGAUAAAUACAGGGUGAGGAAGAAGUUUCCGCUGCCCAGGACCAUUUGGGAUGGUGAGCAGAAGACGCACUGCUUCAAGGAGAGGACUCGCAGCCUCCUGAGGGAGUGGUACCUGCAGGACCCUUACCCCAACCCCAGCAAGAAAAGGGAACUGGCUCAGGCCACGGGGCUCACCCCCACGCAAGUAGGCAACUGGUUCAAAAACCGAAGGCAAAGAGACAGAGCAGCGGCGGCUAAAAACAGGCUCCAGCACCAGGCGAUAGGACAGAGCGGCAUGCGGUCGCUGGCAGAGCCCGGCUGCCCGACACACAGCUCGGCCGAGUCUCCGUCCACGGCGGCCAGCCCGACCACCAGCGUCUCCAGUUUGACAGAAAGAGCCGAGACGGGCACCUCCAUCCUCUCGGUAACCUCCAGCGACUCGGAAUGUGAUGUAUGAUAUCGGAAAACAAACAAACAAACAAACAAACAAACAAUCCAAAUCCAAACAGCCAAGCACCCUCAACCCGACCCGAGCAAAACAGAACGAGGCAACCUAGAAUCAGGACACGCACACGCAUGCACGCAUACACACAGCCAGGAGGAAAGAAAAGGCCAAACCCGACCCAAACAUAAUAGCAAACAAACAGACAGGGAUCAGAGAAUCCACCAACACCACCACCGUCAGCCAACACCACCACCAAGAGAUGGAGCUAAAACUUCAACAGACACAAAACGCUGGUGCUGCAGCGGGAGGGUGGGGGGGCGGGAAAUAAUAAUUAUUAUAUAUAUAUAAAAAGGAAAAAAAAAAAGAGGAAAAAAAGCAGCAAAGCAAAAGUGACAAUUGUAUUCUUUUUAGGACAAGCACGAUUUCUCCUUUGCGCUUUUCCAUGGACGCAUUUCACCCACUUGCAUGAUGAUGAUGAUUAAAUUUGUAUCUGGGAAAAAAUAUUCUCUAUAGUAAAGGAAACCAAACAGAAACCAGACAAACAAACGCAAACUCCGAUCGAACUUGUACAAAAAGUAAAAAUUGAAAAAAAAAAAAUUAAAAGGAACUCCUUGAAGAGGGAAAUAACAAAUGUUUAUCGCCUUUUUGUUGGUCCUAUUUCUCUCUAUUUCUCCCUCCUACUCCCUUACUCCGUGGUGGCUUUAUUUUUUAUUUUUUUCUUUCUUUUUUCUUUUCUUUUGUUUUUUUAAGUCUAAGUGAUGGUCCAGCCAAGAUGCAAUUUUCUGUUUUUUUGUUCAACAGACAAUCAUUUUAUUCGUAAGCACCUUUUUUUCUACACUUCUGUCACUGCCUGUGUGGGUACUGGUUAUAAAUGUGGAAAAAGAAUAGUUAUGACUGUAACAGAUUUUUAUUUUUAUUUCAAAAUUUUAUAUGAAUUAUGUAUAUCUUAAUGAUGCGGUCAUUUUCCCAGUUUGUAAUAUAUGUGUAGAAAUGCUUGUAUAUUAUAUUUGCUCUACUCUUUCUUUCUCCCUCCCCCCCGUCUGCCUCCCUCCCACCCUUUCUCUCUCUUUCUCCUUUUUAUUUUCCUUGACUCGGUGUUCCUUGCACAAACUUAGCUGUCAAGAUCUGACGUGCUAGGUUUUCAAAAGGGACCUCAGCGAUAGAAAAAAAAAAAAAGAAAAAGAAGAAAAAAAAAUGCUUAGGGUGCAACUGUAGUUAUCUUAUGCAAAAGCUAUUUUGAGUAUUUCAUAGCAGCUUUGGGGGGUCUCUUCUAAAACUCCACGUAGGACGCUUAAACUAUUGUUUCCUUAACUGCGUGUUUAUCUAUAUGUACAAACUUUCUAAAUCAAAUACAGUAUUCCAUUUUCUUAUCUA